AGAUAAAUCAACGUGUAGGUUUCGCUCUCAUGUCCAAUGUGGACGCCUCCGACUCGGCGGCGCAGGGUCUUACACGCCUGAACCGGUGGAAAGCAUGCGGCGGAUUUUUUGAGCAAUAUACCCAUCCGAGCUCCAGCACCAACACCGUGAUGCGGUUUACCGUUUACUUUCCUCCUCAGUCUGCCCAUAAACCUGUGCCUGUCCUCUAUUUCCUAUCAGGCCUGACGUGUACCGAUGAGAACGUGGUGCAGAAAGGAUUUGUCCAGUCCCAAGCCGCGAAAAGGGGUUUGGCGGUGGUGUGUCCGGAUACCUCCCCCAGAGGCGCCGGUGUGGAUGGCGAGGACGAGAGCUGGGAUUUCGGCACAGGGGCAGGAUUCUACGUGGAUGCGACGGCGAGUAAAUGGUCUCGGCAUUACAACAUGUUCACGUACGUCACACAGGAGCUUCCGGCCAUCCUCCACCGUCAUUUCCCCACCGCCCUCCUUCCUGACGCCCGGUCUAUCUGCGGGCAUUCCAUGGGAGGACACGGUGCCUUGGUCUGUGCCAUGAAAACCUUCCUCUCACAGGGCGGUCCUCCCUACAAAUCCGUCUCCGCCUUCGCCCCCAUUGCGCACCCAACCGCCUGCCCGUGGGGUCAGAAAGCUUUCGGCGGAUAUUUGGAGGGGGACCAGGGGGCUGGCAAUGCCGGGGAAGGCUGGGACGCGACCUUGCUCAUGGAAAGAGAGGGGCCCUUUCCCUUCCCCCUCCUGGUCGACCAGGGUACGGCGGACACGUUUUUGGAGGGACAAUUGAUGCCAGAGGCCUUGGAAAAGGCCUGUGCGAGCAAAGGACAGGACGCGACGAUUCGUCGGCAAGACGGCUACGACCACUCCUAUUUCUUCAUCAGUACAUUCAUGGCCGAUCACAUCGAUUUCCACGCCAACGCCUUGGGUCUCCCGAGGGAGUGA